UAUCAUAUUUACGUUUCUAGGGGUUCCUGACAGGAUACACGCUUUAUUUCGCUUGUUUUUAUCACGUGUUUGUUGAACAUAUGGCUAGAUACCACAGUGGGAUGAUCGAUUGGAAAAAAAACGGAGUUCAGUGGGUUUGUCGUCCUCGCUCGUCUGUCCCUCUCCCUCUUGAGCAGCCAGUCACCGAUCCCUCUUACCUAUCCGGCCACUUUGGUGCCUAUUUAUUCACAGGAUCCUCCCUUAUUCCAUCGUGACAGCGGUUCUGGCGAUUUUUAUUGAAUUAAUCGGAUAUUGGACAGCAUGUGAUUCGUCUUUCUCCCUCAGUUAUGAAUGAUUUGUGUGAAAACACUGCUUGUGAUCCGCCGCCGCCGCCGCUGCUGCUGCUGUUGUGAUGAUGGAGAGGCGGUGCGUGUCAGAGCGCGGCGGCUAGAGGCCCAGCAAAGCCCCGCGGUGGAUUUACAGCCCUGACCGAGCGACUGAACACCAACAGCGGAUUACCUCACAGCAACUCGUCGGCACAUACCCAAUAUUAGCUAUACGCAUAAACUAUAACUCAGUGGAUCUGAAGAGAAGUUAUAAAGCAAGCAAAACAGAUGGAGUCUGAACUAUGAUGGACAUUUACUUUUACAAGUGGCCCUAACAUCACACUAAGGAGAAACAGAGGUUGGAGAUUUUUUUUUUCCUAUUGAAGAUUGUGAGGACUUCACAUCAUGCCUCCAAGACCCUCCUCGGGAGAACUAUGGGGCAUCCAUUUGAUGCCCCCCAGGAUUCUGGUGGACUGUCUACUGCCCAAUGGCAUGAUCCUGACACUAGAGUGCCUCCGGGAGGCCACUCUCAUCACAAUCAAACAUGAACUGUUUAAGGAGGCUAGGAAGUACCCCCUCCACCACCUGCUGCAGGAGGAGACCUCCUAUAUUUUCGUCAGUGUAACGCAAGAGGCAGAGCGUGAGGAGUUCUACGAUGAGACGAGAAGACUUUGCGACCUUCGGCUAUUCCAGCCCUUCCUAAAGGUCAUAGAACCUGUAGGGAACAGAGAGGAAAAAAUCCUCAACAGAGAAAUCGGUUUUGCCAUCGGCAUGCCGGUGUGCGAGUUUGAUUUAGUGAAGGAUCCUGAGGUGCAGGAUUUUAGGAGAAAUAUUCUUAAUGUCUGCAAAGAUUCAGUAGAGCUGCGAGAUGCCAGUGGGCCACACAGUCGAGCGCUAUAUGUUUAUCCUCCUAACGUGGAGUCUUCACCAGAGCUUCCAAAGCAUAUAUAUGGCAAAUUAGACAAAGGUCAAAUCAUUGUGGUAAUCUGGGUGAUCGUUUCUCCCAACAACGACAAGCAAAAGUACACACUUAAAAUCAAUCACGACUGCGUACCUGAGCAGGUGAUCGCCGAAGCCAUCAGGAAGAAGACAAGGAGCAUGCUGCUGUCAGCCGAACAGCUAAAGAUGUGCGUGCAAGAAUAUCAGGGCAAAUACAUCCUGAAAGUCUGUGGCUGUGAUGAGUAUCUGUUGGAAAAGUACCCCAUCAGUCAGUACAAGUAUGUACGGAGUUGCAUUAUGCUGGCUCGGUUGCCAAACCUCAUGCUUAUGUCCAAGGACAGUCUUUACUCUCAGCUGCCUAUGGACAAUUUCACCAUGCCCUCCUACGCCCGCCGGAUCUCCACCGCCACGCCUUACAUGAACGGAGAGGCCUCCACCAAAUCACUCUGGACCAUUAACAGUACUCUAAGGAUACGUGUCCUCUGCGCCACAUAUGUUAAUGUGAAUAUUCGGGACAUUGACAAGAUUUAUGUGCGGACAGGGAUCUACCAUGGUGGAGAACAGUUGUGUGAUAAUGUCAACACACAGCGUGUGCCGUGUUCAAACCCAAGGUGGAAUGAGUGGCUGACCUAUGACAUGUACAUUCCCGACAUCCCCCGGGCGGCUCGCCUCUGUCUCUCCAUCUGCUCUGUGAAAGGAAGGAAGGGGGCAAAAGAGGAGCACUGUCCACUGGCCUGGGGAAAUGUCAACCUGUUUGACUACACACACACACUGGUCUCAGGAAAGAUGGCACUGAACCUGUGGCCAGUACCACACGGCUUAGAAGACCUCCUCAACCCCAUUGGGGUCACGGGCUCCAACCCUAAUAAGGAAACCCCAUGUCUAGAGCUGGAGUUUGACCACUUCAGCUCACCAGUUAAGUUCCCUGACAUGGCCACGAUUGAGGAUCAUGCUAACUGGAUAAUAUCCAGGGAGAUGGGAUACAAUUACUGCCAGUCUGGACAGAGCAGCAGACUGGCCCGAGACCAUGCCAUGACGGAGGCAGACAUAGAGCAACUUCGUCAGCUGAGCAACAGGGACCCGCUUUCUGAGAUCACUGAGCAGGAAAAAGACUUCUUAUGGAGACACAGGCAGUAUUGUGUAAAUAUUCCAGAAAUCCUGCCAAAGAUUCUCCUGGCAGUGAAAUGGAAUUCCAGGGAUGAAGUUGCACAGAUGUAUUGUCUUCUUAAAGACUGGCCCGCAAUAAAGCCGGAACAAGCCAUGGAGUUGCUUGACUGUAAUUAUCCUGAUCCAAUGAUCCGAGACUUUGCAGUUCGAUGCCUUGAGAAGUAUCUGACUGAUGACAAACUCUCGCAGUACCUCAUUCAGCUGGUUCAGGUUUUGAAGUAUGAGCAGUAUCUUGAUAACCCACUGGUGCGAUUUCUGCUGAAAAAAGCUCUUACCAACCAGAGGAUUGGGCACUUCUUCUUUUGGCAUUUGAAGUCAGAAAUGCACAAUAAAACCGUGAGUCAGCGGUUUGGUCUGCUGCUGGAGUCGUACUGUCGGGCAUGUGGCAUGUACCUGAAGCACCUGAGCAGACAGGUGGAAGCCAUGGAGAAGCUCAUCAACCUCACAGACAUUCUCAAACAGGAGAAGAAGGAUGAAACUCAGAAGGUGCAAAUGAAGUUCCUGGUGGAGCAGAUGAGGCGACCGGACUACAUGGAUGCACUCCAAAAUUUCACCUCUCCACUCAACCCUGCCCACCAGCUGGGUAACCUACGACUUGAAGACUGCAGAAUCAUGUCCUCUGCCAAGAGACCGCUCUGGCUGAACUGGGAAAAUCCUGACAUCAUGUCCGAACUUCUCUUCCAAAACAAUGAGAUCAUCUUCAAAAACGGGGAUGACCUGCGGCAAGACAUGUUGACACUUCAGAUCAUCAGAAUAAUGGAGAACAUUUGGCAAAAUCAAGGGUUGGACUUGAGAAUGCUCCCCUAUGGCUGCUUGUCUAUUGGAGACUGCGUGGGUCUCAUCGAGGUAGUGAGAAGUUCCCACACCAUCAUGCAGAUUCAGUGUAAAGGAGGUCUUAAAGGGGCACUGCAGUUUAACAGUUCAACACUGCAUCAGUGGCUAAAAGACAAGAACAGGGGCGAGAUGUACGACAUGGCCAUCGACUUGUUUACGCGAUCCUGCGCUGGCUAUUGUGUGGCCACUUUCAUUCUGGGCAUCGGUGACAGACACAACAGUAACAUCAUGGUGAAGGAUGAUGGGCAGCUGUUUCAUAUAGAUUUUGGUCACUUUUUGGACCACAAGAAGAAGAAGUUUGGCUAUAAGCGAGAGCGAGUGCCGUUCGUCUUAACUCAAGACUUCUUAAUUGUGAUCAGCAAAGGAGGAACCCAAGAGUGCACUAAAACCAGAGAGUUUGAGAGGUUCCAGGAGAUGUGCUACAAGGCUUACUUGGCUAUCAGACAGCAUGCCAACCUUUUCAUAAAUCUCUUCUCCAUGAUGCUGGGCUCAGGCAUGCCAGAGCUGCAGUCCUUUGAUGACAUCGCUUACAUCCGAAAGACCCUGGCGCUGGACAAAACAGAGCAGGAGGCCCUAGACUAUUUCAUGAAGCAAAUGAAUGACGCUCACCAUGGUGGAUGGACCACAAAGAUGGACUGGAUCUUUCACACCAUCCGACACCAUGCCCAAAACUGAGCCGACACAGAUCCCAGCCCACUGGUGGAAUUUGGGGCCGGAUAACAGGCAGAAACAAGACCCUUUUUGUAGGACGCACUGCCUGAUUUAUGCCAUGGAGAAUCAUAGCACCUAAACCUCAUGUACAAAUGACCUUCAGAGCACUAAAACAACCUGGAAGGACAUGAUUUUGUGUCCUCUUGUUUAUUUUUAUUUUUCCCACGUGAGGCAUCUCUUGCCCAUCAUCGUCUGGAGUGGUUGUACAGUACGUUAUAGCUGUAGUUUUGUCCCAGUUUUUUUUUCUCUCCACUUUGUGCUGCUCUUUUCCUGGAGAGUAAAUUCUUCUUCUUAUUAUUAUUAUUAUUAAUAUAUAUUAUUUUUUCUGCGGAAAAAACAAACCAUUGAAGACAAAAAAAAGAAGUUCUGCACUCUUCAGGAGCUUUUGUGGGGAUGUUCAUGUCUUCCUGUUUAAAACUACAAAUGCCUUCUAAUAUGCACGGAACCGCCGAGAACACAAGAAAAACAGGGUAUGAAACUUUCUGGUCUGCUACCUGGCCUUUCCUCUCAAAACAACACUAACCCCCUGAAAGGCAGCCCGAGGCGUAGCAGUAUGAAUCUGAUGGUGCUGAUUUUUGAAUUGCGCUCCUGUUCUUUGAGUUCAGUUGGUUUAUAAUAGACGGAUGAUAAGGUUUCGUUCUCUUUUCUUCCUUAUAUGCACAGCGAGCUAAAAUGAUAGCCUGAAUACCUUAUUAUGCACUGGAUGUGAAUAUUUUUAUUUCCUUUUUAUUACAAACUCAAAUCUUGGCCUCACAGUAGCACUACAUGAGUCUCAUACUCCUUAUACAGACUUUUCGGUAACGACAUGGUUUGUGUUCUCAAUAUGCACAUGACGCACUACACAAUAACAGCGCAGGUUUCAUGAUAGAAAUAAAUAGGACUAUGAUUUAGGACUUCGAUAUGGGUUUUUUGAUGGCCAGUACUGAUGGUGAUAAGUAAGCAAAUGAGUGCUGAUUUCCCUUAUUUUACACAAUAUUUACCCAGAAUAUUGAGUUUGAAGCAUAUAAGCGAUGCUUAUUUUUGACAAGGCUGUCAGUCAGUACCAAUGGGUUAAAAAUGAAUAGCCUGGCCGAUAUAUAUCAGUUUAUCACUAAUCAGGACAUAUAUUUUAAUUUUUAUUCCUUACAGAUCAAUGCUGUUUUUUCAGUUCCAGUGUGCAAAACAUCACGGGAAUCCAGGUUAUCUGCUCUCUGUGUUUUCUCGGUUGUCCGGUGCGAUUGAUCAGGGCAGAGUAACGAUUGUCCUACUAGAUGCCCUGGCAGCGUGCAGAUAUGAAGCCUUAAUACACUCGCAUAGUAUAAAUUGAUAUUCUUCUUCAUGUGCACUUGCAUGCCAUAGGAAAGCAAACACUUGUCAGUGCAUUGACGCAGAGCAGUUACGAAAGAACAAAAUAGCUUUUUCUCCCCUUCAGUUGAGUGGCUGUAUCUCUGGGUACUUUAUUUUACCACGCUAAAGCUGGCAAGACCUUUUCUGUUAGCCUGACUAUUAUUUUUUUUUUAUUAUUUUUUUUUUUAAACACAGAUACAACUCGUAGAUUGUGUGUGAAGCAUUAAAGGGAUAGUCCACCAAAAAAUGACACUUCUUUCAUAAUUUAUUGUAAAGGUUUGAUAACUAAACCAUUUCGGUUCCUAUUGAUUUUCAUAGAAUGGGCAAAAAAAUACAAUGAAAGUCAAUGGAAACUGAAACUGACUGACUAUCAUUAUUUUGCAAAAUAUCAUCUUUUGUGUGAAGAAAGUCAGUCAUACAGGUUUUGAACGACAUAAGGGUCAUUUUGGGGUUGACUAUUUCUUUAAGAAAGAUGGUGCUAUGUAGUUAAACAGAGAAAUAUUCUAUAGACAAAAUGGAUGUUUUAGACGGUGAAAUGGCUUUUAGAUGCUUCAAAUGGAUGACACUGGUAAAAUGUCAUUUACCGAUUACACUACAGUACAAUGCAUUAUAAUAACUACAGAUACAUUUAUAUACACACAUACAUGCAUAUAUAUAUGUGUGUGUGUGUGUGUGUGUGUGUGUGUGUGUAUAUAUAUGCAUUCUGUUCCCCCUCAUUGUCUCUUUUUUUCAUUAGUGCAGAGAAAGUACAGUAAAUGUUUCAUGGUGCAGGAUGUCUCGAAUGUGGCGUUACAGGGCUGAGCAAACUAGAGAAAAAUAAAAUAAAGGUUGUUUCUUUUAAUUUGACAUUUUCAAAUGAACUUAUUAAUGAUUGCCCUUUUGAGUCAGGUUAAGUGCCUUGCUUGGGGCCGUAAUGGCAGUGUUACGCUCGAGCUGCUCCCUUCGCCUGUUGGAUUAGCAGCUUUCUGGAUCACUUUAACAGGUCCAGUCCAAACAAAUAAUCACAUAUUUAUAGGGAUAGUUCACCCCAAAAACAUUUACUCACCCUCCAUGUCGUUCCAAACCUGUCUUUCUAUUUUCUGCAGAAAACUAAAGAAGAUAUUUCGAAGAACCCAAUCGACUUGUAUUGAAAAACGAGUAUAUUCAAAAUAAAUUUCAUGUUUGGAGCGACAUGACAGUGAGGCAAUUUUCUUUUUAGGGUGAACUAUCUCAUUGGACACAGAUCCAGAUUUUCUCUUUCAAUCUCUCCAAGCCCCUGUCGUGUUUCUGCAUUACUUUAAAGCUGUGAAAAUGUACAUUUACUAAUGAGGUGCAAUCAUGCUAUUUAAAUGGAUAUAUGGCUACUGGCAGGAAACCCCUGAGCACUAUUUUUCUCACCUUUUUAUGUACGUUGUGUUUUCCUCAAAAGGAAAGUCAGUGAUCAUACUGCAUAACCACCUGAGAUAUUAACGAUCAGAUGAAAAUCUGAUUGAUCUACGUAGGAAAAACUGAAGGAUACAACACCUGCUCAUUUCCAUGUUACAGUCUGACGAGGUCUUUGCAGAGCUGAAAUUCUGCUUAAAUACUGGGCAACAUCUAACAAUGCAAAUCAUUGUUUUUCUACUGUUUUUAAGUUUAAAAUGGUGUCCGGAGUACUUACUAAUGUAGUAUUCCACAUUUAUGCAUUUCUUUUUGUUUUUUUGUAACCGUUGUAACUAUUAUAUGCAGUAAACAAAUGAACAGAUAUACACUUGGUUUCAGACUUAUGUAUGCAGGUGGUUCUUGCACUUUGUAUUCCUCCAUACUUUGUUCUUUCUCUCUUUGCCUUCAGUCCUGAGGGACGCUUAAGUCUCCUGCAUGUGUUUUUAACCCUACGUGCUCAUUUACUGCCUAAAACUAAGAUCAGCUACGUUAGAGCUUAGUCAUGGCAAGCAGCCUUAUGUUAGCUCUCUUAAAGCCAUUUAAUGCAUGGUGUUUUUGUCUGUACAGGUUACAGAUCUACUUGGGCUGGACCCGCUAAAAAGCCCAUUCACAAACGUCUAAUCUAAUCAGUAGCUUUCUAAUUUACUUUUUAAUCAUUUAAAUAACUUGCAAACAAACUAUUGAGAUGCAGGAAUUCUGGAGUCUUUUGUAUGACAAAGGAAAAUGAGAAAAAAAGGAGUUAAACGACAAAAUGUUUAAUAAGUUGCAUUUGUUGUACUUGAAAAUCAUCGCUCGGAACCGUCUUUGUGUGUCGACUACAAAGCCGUCAAUGUUACAUAGCACUGAAGGUUUACUUGCAUAGGCAAUUUCAUACCGAUUGUGAAUGUUUCAAUGGUUUGGUCUGGAGUCUCUCUACAGUUAGAAACUCUACUACACCAAUAAAAAGAGAGAAAAAUGACCAUUUAAAUUCAAAGAAAAAUAAAGUAUAAAUUUGUUUGCUAUUAUGUGAAGUCUAAAAGAUGGAGGAUAUAUAAAAAAAUAUAUAUUUAAAGGAAGGUCAAAGCAAUUCUUUUGUUGUUUUUAAAAUGCUUUGAGUGGUUACAUUUCUCUCUCUGUAUUGCUGUUGCAUUUUACUCAUUUAUGUGUUGAAUUAUGAUGUCAUAAAGAUAGUUUUCUUUACUAUCACUAUUAUAAAAUUAUAUAUAGCAGGCCAAAUACUUUAUUUACCUCUUUACUUCCUUGCAUGAGAUUAAAAAAAGGAAAAAAAAAAUGGAAAAAAAAGAGAAGUUAAAAAAAGUUGCCCUAGUAUUUUUUUUUUUUUUUUUUUUUUUGUAAGAUCUAAAGGAUUUUUCGGCCUACAACUGCACCCAUCACAUCUAUAAACUGCCAUCAGUUACAAAGCCUCAUGUUCAUUUCUAUUCAAUUUCAUUGUGCACCUCAGUUCAAAAGUAGCUUUGUAUCCAGUCUGUCUUCAAUAUUUUGAGUGUUAUGUGACUAUGUACAAAUAAACGUAUUUCACGAAAAUGA